AUGGCGACGCGUAGUUGUGGAAAUUUGCUAAGGAAGUACUGUAGAGACAUAAUACGAAAUGGUUACCUUGUUCAACAGAAAGGAUUGCUCAGAGAUCAUAACAUAGUUAGAUAUUACAGUAAUGAAAAUGUAGAGAACCAUGAUUCCAGGAAUUCCCAAGAAAAGACUUUUGAAGAAUUGCUUGAAAGCUCUCCGCUUAUGAAAAUUAGGCGUCCGCAAGGAAAGAUCGUAUCUGGCAAAAUAACAAACGUUUGCAACGAUGAUCUUUAUGUAGACUUUGGAGGAAAGUUUGAAGUCGUUGUUAAAAGGCCCCCAGUUAAUACAGAAGUUUACCAAAUUGGCAGGCAGGUUAAAAUAAUGCUUCGAAAAUUGGAGAUGACAGGACACUUUUUGGGUCAAAAUAAACACAUAACCUUACUUGAAGCAGAUGGGAAAUUACUAGGCAUUGACAAUUAACAAAGUUCAAGACCAAAAUGGUUAUGGAAGAGCAAUGCAAUGCUAUAACAUAGUUGUUCGCAAUCAGUUUUAGCAUACUUUUCUUAUUAUCCUGUGUGUCAGUAUGUGCUUUUUAUCAUCAUACUUUUAUGGGAUGGGAAUGUUUAGCUUUGCAGAUUUUUAGGACCUAAGAAGAAAUAAUAUUGUAGAGAAUUGAAUUAACUUACAUUAGAUGCUCUCUUGAAGAAACCAGAUCUGUCAUAAGCUAGAAUCAAUGCUGUUUUGCAGUUUCCACCUACAAACAUUAAUAUUCAAUAUCUUUAGUAUGAUGGUGUACUAAAAUCCUCUAUUUUUUCACCAAUACUUUAAAGAUUUUGUUACAAUUCAAUAAUGAUAUACCUGUAGCAAUCUUUUUAACAUGUUACCAAACAAAAGCAUCACCAUAGCUCUCAAUAGAUUAUAUCUUCACUUACCUUAACUAAUUUAAAUUUAAAUUGUCUACUCCCUGUAGUGUCAAAUAUUUUCCAUUUUGCA